UUUUAAAAAAAACACCCAGUUGCAACACUAGUUAAACUUCCCCUUGUCGCCAAUUGUACCGUGUCAGCUGAUGUUCAUCACUUUCAUAGAGAAGCUUUCUAAUAAGAGGACCUGCAUGUUACUCCUCCCUGCCUUCACCAGCGGUUUUGAAAAUCAGCAGAAGUUCUUAACACAUAAAUGAACAGCUAAAAAACCCUCACAAAUGAUGGCUGCAGCUUCAGCUGAUUCACUGACAGACAAAGACUUCUGGAGUAACCAAACCAACGUGGCCAUAAAUGCCUCAGAAAUUCAAAACAAUGACAGUUGUCCCUUAGACGACAACUCGCUGUCACUCACUUUGAUAGUUUUUUAUUCUAUUAUUUUUGUUGUUGGAUUGGCUGGAAAUAUUACAGCCCUGUUUGCCUUCCUGUGCAUUCAUCAGAAAAGGAAUUCUAUCCAAGUUUACUUGCUAAACGUGGCUGUUGCAGACCUUCUGCUGAUCUUCUGUCUUCCCCUCCGAAUACUCCAUCAUGCCAACAAAAACAUUUGGAUGUUUGGACGGAUUUUAUGCAAGAUUGUAGGAACUCUGUUUUACAUGAACAUGUAUAUUAGCAUAGUACUAUUGGGACUAAUUAGUCUAGAUCGUUAUAUAAAAAUAACAAAGUCUGUGAAGCGUCCUAAAAUGUUAACCCCGACACGAAGUAUUCAGAUUUGUUGCGUCGUGUGGGCAAUUGCACUAACAGGAUUUACAGUAGUAGUUGCACCAUCUUUCUUUAAGAGCGAGGACAGCAAUUCUACUCUGUGCUUUCAUUACCGAAGUAAAAAGAAAGCAAAGACAGAAGCAAUUUUAAAUUAUAUCACAGUACUAAUUUUUUGGAUAGUUUUUUUCCUCUUGAUUCUUUCGUACAUUAAAAUCGCCAAGAACCUUCUGAAAAUUUCGAGGAGAAGAUCAAAUUUUCCCAAUGCAGGAAAAUACACCAAGACAGCAAGAAAUUCCUUCAUUGUACUCAUCAUUUUCACUGUCUGUUUUGUUCCUUAUCACAUGUUCCGGUUUGUCUACAUUACAUCACAGUUACAAAACCCCUCCUGUUAUUGGAAGGAGAUCAUUCACAAAUGCAACGAGGUGAUGCUCAUAUUUUCAUCAUUUAACAGCUGCCUAGACCCAGUUAUGUAUUUCCUGAUGUCCAGAAGCGUCCGUAAGGCUGUAUUCCAACUUAUUUGCAGAAAAAUUCAUGGAGAGUCAAGCCUAAAUACAGAAAGCACUUCAGACAUAAAACUUGGACAAUAUACACAGGAGAGAUUAUCUACUAUCACUCCCCACUCAAGUUAUUCAAGGAAGAAGUUUGUGGUUUGAUUGUUUAGAUGAAUGGAUUUCUCUCUAUCGCUCCAGGACAUCGACUGCAGAUCACGAAAUGCUAAACUGUCCAGCUACUAAUCCUGCCUCUUUCCUCCUGGUCACAAAAUGAGAAGUCUUGCUUCUGGUCGUGAAAACGAGAAGUUACUUUUCAAAAGUAUUUCACUCUUGUUUAUCCAUGAAAACAAAUUAGGAAGUUCUCGGACAUCCUCUGUUGGACUAAACUAGAACACUAACUCUUUAAGGAGAUUUCCACGAAGGGGCUUGAACCUGUAUAAGGAAUCUUGUAUAUAUACAUUAAUAUCAGUAACUUGUGUAUGUAAAUAAUAGAUGAAUUUUGCAAAAAGUAAAUUGUGUCCUAUUUGAAAGAUCUAUAUAAAACAUUACAGAUUUUAUAUAACUCUCUGUUUUAAUAGGUUUCAAAGAGAUCAGUAUUUUGACUACAUCUAUAAAUGUAUUUUUUUUAAGAAAAUAUUUUAGAAUUUAGCAGCAUACGUGGCUUGAAAAUGAGGUGAAGAAUACAACAGCCAUUAAUUCAGUUAUAAUUACAGAAGACACACUUAGUUUUAUUAAACAGCAAAAUUAAAAUAUUCAAGCCUCCUAAAACCCUUAUUAUAUUUUCAACAGUUUAAUGAAUGUCAAGGUCGAACACGUAAGGAAAAGCAAGCAAUGCUUUCAGAAAAUGAGAAAUUAAUGAAGGAGAGAUGACAUGGAGGUAUUUUCAAUUACCUAAGAUUUCCCUCAAACUCUGACAAAUUUGGUGGCUGCAGCUACACAAAGUAGUUCAGCAAGGCACAUAAUCAGAGAACUGAGCACAGAGGGCAGCCUGGCUCAGUCACUGUUCUACUUGCAGAUUUCUAAAGCCACACAUUUCAGCUGCACGCUUGUGAUUGAAAUAAUCUUGGUAACUGCUGAUGCUGUGUGAACAGCAAUGUAACAGCAAUGCCCCACAGAUACAGCUGGACUCUCAGAUUAAAACUAAACAGGCUUAUGUAUUUAGGUAUAAACAAAUCCCAAAGUGCAACAUUUUUUAAAAAACAGGGAGCUGAAGGUGGGGGUUGUCUGGCCCAAAGAUGACUAAAGCUGUAGUUAUGCCAUGAACAACUUAAAUGUCUGCUGUAAAAGGACAGAAAGGUGAAUGAAGUACAGGCUAGAUGUUGAGCUCCAUAAAAUAAGGAUUUAUUAUCUUGAUGCAUACAAACAAUAUUGCUCAAGUAAGCAGGUGUAAAGAAGUUGGUUUUAAUAUGACUACCAGUAACUUCUCUAAUGGAUCUCGUGACUUUUAAUGUCAAAUCUGUGCCCAAACGUGGAUUUUUACUAAUUCAUAAUAUUCUGGUUUUACAGAAGUUAUUCAUAAUACUCUUACUGAACAAACUAAAUAUAAGACUUCAUCUCUGCUAGAUAUAAACUUGAUUUAAUUUUGAUGUGAUUUUACAUAAUUUAGUGAAACAUAAUUUACAUAAUUUAGUGAAAACGAGUAUAAACAUGUUAAACCAAUUACAAUUGUCUAGUCAGUCUAUUUUGUUUUAAUUUUUUUUAAAUAAAAAAUUGUGGGGUUUCUAAAUCUCCAAAAGAAAGAUUCCUAUAAACAUGUUAUUUCAUAAAGGUACAAUGGUAACUGUGUUUUUUCUUAACCACUUCACCAUACAAUGAAGGCAUUUGUACAAUAAUUUCUGAUAGAUAAAAGAUCAUGAAAUGCAAUUAUUGUGAGAAUCAAUCAUCUUGUCAUCCUGUAAUAUGUAUGCUUCUCGUGGUUCUCUGUUUGCACAGUGCAAUUCUCCUAUGCAGUACUGCAGUUGUACAUAGUUACGUCAACUUUGGUAAGUCUAGUAGAGUUUAUAAACCAUAAUUUCACAA